AUGUCAUCCCCAAGAUCGGCAUCCCCAGUCAACAGCCCGGUAGCGGCGGUAUCGGGUAGACCUUCUAGCCCAACUCCUCCUGGAGGCCCAAAGACAGCAAUCAGAAGACGUGCGGCGGCAGAUCAAAAGGACAAGGUUGCAAAUGCGAGGCCGAGCAGUACCAGAGCGGCAGGUGCCGGGGGAAGUUCGAGUACUAUGUUGAGACUUUACACCGAUGAAUCUCCAGGAUUGAAGGUCGACCCUGUUGUCGUUUUGGUUCUUUCCCUCGUUUUCAUCUUCAGUGUUGUUGCCCUUCACAUCAUCGCAAAGGUUACACGCAAAUUCUCUUCUUAA